AUGGCGGACACCACAAACGGAUCAAAGGGAUACGGGACGAUCACCUCUCCUUCUGCUAGAAAUGGCCCAGCACGACAGUGGGCGCCGACCAUUACCAUUGAUACAUUUGCCGUCGGCCCUCCGUCAAAUGACCAGAGGACGACGUCGGGGGAUCGGCCUCCAUCCCCGGCCUCCUCUGCCGCCAGCGCGAUCUCGUCCACUGCGCGACAGCGUUCCUUGUCCCUCGAAUACCAGCCGCUCCUCGCAUCCUCCUGGAGACCGGCCACCUCGCAGAGUAUAUCUUCGCACACCUCCGAGCCACGUGGUCUCUCGCCGGAUGGGAGCCACCUUGCGGUUCCCGAUAUCCGCUCUAGGGCGAGCUCAAUCGACCGUCAGUCCCUCUCAUCCUAUGGUGGAGAAACUCAUUUAACAACGCCUUCUCUGUCAGAUCCUGGCAAUUCCCGAGCACAUUCGAGAUCUGGAUCGCCGGUCGCGGCGGGGAAUGACGACCCACUUAAACCACAUCCUGGAGAGGAAGCGGAUUUCCAUGUCGAGAACAAUGUUUUCGCCUUUUCGCCUGGGCAACUCAGCAAGCUCUUUGACCACAAUGGUCUUGGCGCCUUUUACUCUCUAGGGGGCUUGGAGGGACUGGUGCGGGGUUUACGGACGGACAGCGCCUGCGGGUUGAGUCUGGAUGAAUCUAAGUUGGAAGGGACAGUUGAUUUUGAAACGGCCACCGGGAAUGCGCCGACGAAGACUAAAGCAGGGACACCGCAUGAAGAAGAUCCGUGUCCUCCACCAGUACAUGCCCCGCAUCGUGGGAGUCCAGAGCCGUAUGGAGACAGAAAACGUGUGUUCGGGUCCAAUCGACUCCCAGAGAAAACGGGGAAUACUCUCCUACAGAUCAUGUGGGUAGCAUUCAAUGACAAGGUAUUGAUUAUUCUCACUGUGGUCGCGGCUAUCUCCCUCGCUUUGGGUCUCUACCAGGAUUUUGGGCAGUCUUCUCGAUAUGGGGGUCCGAAGGUUAGAUGGGUCGAAGGAGUCACCAUCAUGACCGCAGUGGUUAUUGUCGUCAUUGUUGGCUCUGUCAAUGACUUUCAGAAGGAGCAGCAGUUUAUCAAGCUAAAUAGAAAGAAAGCGGACCGUGUGGUCAAGGUAAUUCGCUCGGGGAAGUCGCUUCAAAUCUCGGUGUAUGAUGUUGUAGCUGGAGAUGUUUUACAUAUAGAGCCAGGUGAUCUUAUACCUGCUGAUGGCAUCCUUAUUUCCGGUAACAAUGUCAAGUGCGACGAAUCUUCCAUCACGGGUGAAUCCGACCAGAAGAGGAAGUGCCCAGGAGAGAAGGUGGUGUCGAGCAUCGAAGGAACACAAAGCACGACUAUCCAUGCAGGCCCAUUUAUCAUCUCUGGCAGUAAGGUUUUAGAGGGUACAGGCACGUAUCUGGUCACCUCCGUCGGGCUCAACAGCAGUUAUGGGAAAAUGAUUAUGGCUGUGAUGGACGAUUCAGAAGCAACUCCCACUCCGCUGCAGACCAAGCUGAGCAUUAUGGCAGAACAGAUCACCAGGGCCGGCUGUGCCAUUGCUCUGAUUCUCUUUAUAGUACUCUUUGCUAAGUUCCUUGCCAACCUUGGUAGCAACCCCGGGACGCCUGCCGAGAAGGCGCAAGACUUCUUGCAGAUUGUCAUUGUUACGAUUACGAUAAUUGUCAUUGCCGUUCCCGAAGGACUUCCACUGGCUGUCACCUUGGCAUUAGCUUUUGCCAUGACGAAUAUGUUGAAGGAAAACAACCUGGUGCGAGUUCUCAGUUCGUGCGAAACUAUGGGAAAUGCAACAACUAUCUGCUCCGAUAAAACUGGAACGCUUACGACGAACAAAAUGACUGCGGUUGCAGGGCAGUUAGGCAUGGAUUGCCGUUUUGCCUCGAACACGAAGACACCAAUCCGACAGCAGGAGGCUUCGAAUAUUGUUCCUAGGGAUGCCGAGCCCAUGGCAAUGAGCGAGGUAGCUCCUUUACUGUCUUCCGAGGCAAAAGACCUUCUCGUAAAAUCUAUCACCAUCAAUUCUACGGCUUUUGAGGGGAUCGAAAAUGGUCAAUCCACCUUCAUUGGUUCGAAGACGGAAACUGCCCUUCUCCUCUUCGCACAGGAACAUUUGGCGAUGGCAUCUGCCAGCGAAGAGCGUGAAAAAGCCACUGUCGUGCAGGUGUUUCCAUUUGACUCGGCCAGAAAAUAUAUGGCAGUGGUAACAAAGCAACCUGAUGGCACCUAUCGCAUGUACGUCAAAGGAGCUUCGGAGAUCUUGUUGGACACCUGUACCCGGGUUAUCACGGAUAUUACCGGACCCGUCCAGAGCACUCCGUUGACACAAAGUGCCCGCGACAGUCUAAACAGGACUAUGGUUGAAUAUACUACGAAAUCUCUUCGGACGAUGAGUCUGAUCUAUCGCGAUUUUGAAUCCUUUCCGCCCCCAGGAGCUAGAAUCCUUGAAGAUGAUCCCACUCGAACGGCUUUCGACGACGUUCUCAAAGAUAUGGUAUUUUUAGGCAUUAUUGGCAUUCAAGACCCAAUUAGGCUAGGUGUCCAAGAAGCUGUCGCCAAAUGUCAACAUGCUGGAGUGGUGGUAAGGAUGGUAACGGGCGAUAAUGUAAACACGGCAAGUGCUAUUGCUCAAGAGUGUGGCAUCUAUGAUCCACGAGACGGAAUCCUUCUCCAGGGUCCCGAAUUUCGAAGACUUCCAGAGCCAGAAAUGGACCAGAUAAUACCGAAGUUGCGGGUGCUUGCUCGGUCAAGUCCCGAGGAUAAGAGAGUCCUUGUGAAAAGACUAAAAAGUCUAGGUGAGACAGUGGCUGUCACUGGUGAUGGUACGAAUGAUGGGCCUGCUUUGAGGGCAGCUGAUGUCGGGUUCUCGAUGGGAAUCUCUGGCACGGAGGUAGCGAAAGAGGUUUCGUCGAUUAUCCUCCUAGAUGAUAAUUUCUCAUCUAUUGUCCGGGCUUUGGAGUGGGGCAGAGCAGUGAAUGACUCCGUAAGGAAGUUCUUGCAGUUCCAGCUGACUGUCAAUAUUACGGCAGUGGGCAUUACAUUUGUGUCUGCAGUCGCCGAUCCAAGAGAAGAGCCAAUUCUUACUCCGGUACAGCUGCUUUGGGUGAACUUGAUUAUGGAUACUUUUGCUGCUCUUGCCUUAGCGACGGACCCCCCUACGCCGAGUCUUCUUGAUCGUAAGCCAGAUCGCAAAACGACACGCCUUAUUACUCUAGACAUGUGGAAGAUGAUUAUUGGACAGUCUAUUUAUCAGCUCAUUGUCACCCUCGUGCUUAAUUUCCGGGGCAACGAGAUCUUUGGCUAUACAACCCCCUUUGAGCAGAGCCGACUGGAGACGUUGGUGUUUAAUAUCUAUGUGUGGAUGCAAAUAUUUAACCAGCUGAACAAUCGGCGCCUAGAUAGAAAGUUGAACAUAUUUGAAGGCAUAAGUCGGAAUUGGUUCUUUAUCGGCAUCAACAUCAUUACCGUCUCCGGACAAGCCAUCAUCAUCUUCGCCGGCUCCAGCGCCCUCUCCACCAUCCGUCUCGACGCCAAGCAAUGGGGCAUCACCCUCAUCUUCGGCCUCAUAUCCCUCCCCAUCGGUAUCCUCAUCCGUCUCAUCCCCAACGAAUUCAUCCGCGCCUGCAUCCCUGCUUCCUUCUGUAGAAACGAUACCGACAGGCCGCGGCCAACUCCCUCUAAUGAAGAGCGCUUCGAGUGGAAUGAUGCUGUUCAGGAUAUCCGCGACCAGCUUACGCUGUUUAAACAUAUCCGCGGCGGCCCCUUCCAAACUCUCACAGCGGAUCUGCUACUGGCUUCGCGACAAGGCCCAUCCCUGGCAAAGCGGGAUACGGAUAAGAGAUAUGGAGACAAGUCAAAGUGGAAGAGGUGGAUGCAUAUCAGGCCGAGACAGAGAAGGAGGUCGAAGUCGGUGCUGGGACCAGCGGCGGCGAUGGCGGGGGUCGUGGCGGGGAGUAUUGCUGGUUGGGGGUCACCGCCAACAGAGAGGAGUGUGAGUGGUGGUUCUGAUGGGAGUAACUCUCCCCUCCCACCAAAUCAAUCCUCUACGCACCCUCCUAAAUAG